AUGGCUUGGCCCAUGAAGUGUGCUCUCAAUGCACAAGAGGAAAAAACCUCUAACUGUAGGAUUGUAAUGUGGAAGGUUCUGUACAUGGAUUUUAAAAAGUAUGUACAGCAAUCACCCCUGCCCCCACCGCCACCACCACCACCUCCACCGGCGCCGCACCCAUGCGCAAAGAGGCUGGCAAUCGGACCGCCUCCGGGGUUCGCGGGUGUUCGCACGCCACCGCAGAAGCAGUACCAACGCCGUCCACCAGGGCCGAAGGCGCCGGCGCAGCCACCACACCAACCGGCGCCGCCGAACGCCCACCGCGCCCUGGCCCCACCAGCGCUGAACGCACAAAGGGCGGGGCAUGCUUCGCAGCCGCCGGCGGCAGGCGCACACGGCGCCGCCACGGCCGCGCCGCCAGUGCACGCCGGCCCCACCAGCGCCGUGGUGCCCGCGCUCCAGCGAAGGACGGCGCCCAAGCCACCUCACCCAGCGGCGAAGAAGAAGCCCACCGUGCCGUGCGCCUUCUGCGGCGUGCUGUGCAUGACGGCGUGGCACCUGAAGCAGCACGAGCAGGGGCGGAAGCACCGCAACAGGGUGGCCUUGCUCGCCGGGGAGAUGAACGUGCGGUGCAAGGUGUGCGACGUGCACCUCUCCAGCGGGCUCAACGUCGAGCAGCACAACGCCGGGAAGGAGCACCUCCUGCGACUCAAACUCAACAGAGGAGCCUGA